UUGCUGUAGCUGUUUUUUGUUCGGGAAUAUUUUUCGGUUUUGUGUUUGACGAAAACAAGAACUUUUUAAAUUUAGAACAUAUUCGUGUGAAAGUGUUUUUAUUACGUUGAGUCAAAAUAAGUGUUUAAAAUAGGAACAUCUAUUGGAGGAAAACCGUCAGCAGUGGUUCCCAAAAAAUAGCUGUUUCAGCGUUUUGGGUGGAAGUUGAAUAGAUUCAUUCGUUCUAUGGGAUUGAUGUAUAAAGCAGACACGAUGCUAAAAGAAGGCGGCGGCGGCGUGACGUCGGCGCUGGCGACAUGAGCGCGGGCGUACUACGGGACGCCGCGGGCGACUCCACGCCCGGCUCCGACGGCGGCGAGCGUAUCACGCGCCUCUUCCCCAAGUGCCGCCCGCGCAGCAUGCAGCACCAUCACGACAGAUUGAACUCCGGUCUGGAGGGCCGAGACAUGAUCAGCGUCAACAAUGUGUCCUCGGACGACGAGAGGGAUGACCAGCCCGUCAUCCUCAGCACUAAAGGAGGCACUUAUAAGCUCAGAGACUCUAGGAUAAUAGAAAUAGCGGGGGGAAGGGAGCUGUAUUCCCAGAGUCGCGCCAAAGCGGUGCGCAAGUUGAGGCACAGCAACACACAUAAGCACAACCUUCGGAACAAAGUACGCUCCCUCACUAAAGAUUCCGUUGACUACGCGGUUGACAACAAUAUCAAUAAUGAAAUUUCCAUUCACAGAAUAAACAAUGAACCGAAGAAGAUGAUAUCGCGGCACACCUCACCGGUCACAUACACCAACGGUGAUCGCGAACCUGCAAUAGAGCAAAACACAAUGGGUAUACCUAAGAACAGUUCUCCGAUACUGGACCCGCAUAAGACUAAUGACGUCAGCGCCAAGAGCAGCCCCAUAGCUGUUGUAGCUGAUGGCGAAGUUAUGGUUUUCGAUGAGAAUGAUGAUUGGAAAGUGAUAUUGAAUUCUGUGUCUCUAGGUUUGAGGAUGGACCCAGACGCUAGCGACGAUGAAAUAGAUAUCAGUGUUAAAAGGACUUUAGACAAUAUAAAAAAUGGUGAUAGUGAUAUGUUGAACAAUAAAAGUGAACUUAGCUGUGAUGGAAGUGAUUCAACCCGUUCUAGAGAAGACGUGAGGUUAAGUGAGGGUAGUCCCACGGGAGUUUGGCUUUCUGGUGACGAGGACAAGAGCAGGUUCACGAGGGUGAUAGGUGAACUGCCUAUAGCUGAAUAUGAAGGCUCCCCAAGAAGAUACGGAGUUGGAUCUCAGAAAAUACAAGUCAGGUCGCCUCGACCAGGAUUUCCUCAGAGGGUAGUUACUACUGACAGUAGAGACGGAACACCGCCACCGAGUUCCGCAGCGUUUGACUACUUAUACGAGUUCUCGGAGACCAGGAAAGUUUUAGAAGAAUUUUUCCGCUGUCCUACACUACCUGGGCAACAGCAGAAUAGUGCCGAUGAAAUUGUAAACUUUCAGGAGUUAGAUUAUGAACUGAGACGGCAGACGCAGAACUGCCCGUCGGAGAAUGGCGUGGAUGGAAGUGAAUCAGACUGGCCCCAAAACGAAGGCAUCGAUUCGCCGCACGCGUUAAAUAACCACACUGACUUCUUAGGGUUACAGCAGAAACAACGUGCAAGAUUCCCAACGCCAGAUGUAGCAGCGUUACAGGCUGGCGACGAUGGCAGUCCAUGCGUGUCUCCAACGCAUCAGGCGGACUUGCACGUCGCGCUGGCACUAUCGUCUGCAGCGAGCGACACUGCCAGCGAACUGUCCAUGGCUAUUAUGGAGAACGAGCUGGUGGAAAUGAAAGACGGUCCGGGAAGGCAUCCGGCCCGGCGUAGUGACAACUCGGCCUUACACAUAGCACUGGCAUUAUCCUCUGCAGCCAGCGAUAUUGUCAGCGAAUUGUCUAUGGCAAUUAUGGAAAAGGAGCUGGUGGAAAUGAAGGAGCCAAGUCGCCGUACGUUGCCUAUCGUCGAAGACGGUCUUUCCUCAGGACACGCAUCCGACACAGACAAUAAUAACCCAAUAAUUCAGACUCAUUCGGUAACAAUAGAAGAAAUUGUAGAUAGCGGAACUAAUACAGACCCCCACUUGUUAACUGAUGCAGACUUGCACUCUUUAGAUCCAUUAGCAACGGCACCUCCGCCCCCCGCACCCGCGCCGCACCGGCCCGCAGAGCACUCCCCGCACGUGCACACUCCGCACUCUUCACACGCGCACACACACUCGCAUUCGCCGCUGCCCUCGCACACACCGCACCACCACCACCACGAAGACGUGUAUCCCAGGAAAAGGCCAACAUCGGCGCAGAGUACAGACUCGGUGGAAAUAAAACCGGCCAGCGGCGAUGAAGAUGAAGCGGAUACCGAUUUAGAAACUGACAGACUUCUCGGUCAACAGAGAACGGAUGAUCAGGGCUUCUUCGAUGAUAAAGGUUGGCGCAAACCGAAGUCGCGAACGGUGAUGCCCUCUGGUGGUUCCACAGGUACGGCGCGCGAACACACUCACGACCCUUCGGAACUUAGAGAGGAGGACGCGUUACAUAAUGGAAAGGAUAAAGACGGAAAGAAGAAGAGCAAGAAUAAAGAAGAUCUGGCGUCAGUGCUGAUAGAAGGUGUGUUAUUCCGUGCGCGGUACCUCGGCUCCACGCAGCUGGCAUGCGAGGGCCAGCCCACAAAAGCGACCAGGAUGCUACAGGCCGAAGAAGCCGUAUCUAGGAUCAAGUGGGGCUGCGAGGGUCCUUACUCGGGCGUGUACGCUGCGCCCGCGGCCGUGUUCCGCCUGUCGUUCCUUGGCUCGGUCGAGGUCGAGGAGGACUCAAGGCGCCGCAAGAAGAGGCCCAAAAAGAAUAUGGUGGAAGAGGCCGUCACUAAGAUUAAGGCUUUGGCACCAGAAGGAGAAAAUCAGCCAAGUACAGAAGUGGAUCUCUUCAUUUCGACGGAGAAGAUAAUGGUAUUGAAUACCGAGCUCAAGGAAAUUAUGAUGGACCAUGCGUUAAGGACGAUUUCUUACAUCGCCGACAUAGGUGACUUGGUGGUGCUUAUGGCAAGAAGGCGGUUUGUGCCUCAUGAAACUGAUUCCGAUCAGCCGAAAUUAAACCGUACGCCGAAGAUGAUAUGCCACGUUUUCGAGAGUGAAGAGGCCCAAUUCAUAGCGCAAUCUAUUGGACAGGCAUUCCAAGUUGCUUACAUGGAGUUUUUGAAAGCUAACGGUAUCGAGGACCAUAGUUUUGUAAAGGAGAUGGAUUAUCAGGAGGUGCUCAAUAGUCAAGAGAUAUUCGGAGACGAGCUUCAGAUGUUUGCGAAGAAGGAACUUCAGAAAGAAGUGGUGGUGCCUAAAACGAAAGGUGAAAUUCUUGGGGUGGUCGUCGUAGAGUCUGGUUGGGGUUCGAUGCUGCCUACAGUGGUGAUAGCCAACUUAGCACCGGCGGGCGCGGCUGCGAGAUGUGGGCAACUUAAUAUUGGUGAUCAAAUAAUAGCGAUCAACGGUGUGAGUCUAGUCGGGCUGCCUCUGUCGACCUGUCAAACGUACAUCAAGAACUCCAAGAACCAAACGGUGGUGAAGCUGACCGUGGUGCCAUGCGCGCCCGUCGUGGAAGUGAAGAUCAAGAGGCCGGACACCAAGUACCAGCUCGGGUUUAGUGUUCAAAAUGGAGUGAUAUGCAGUCUACUUCGGGGCGGCAUAGCGGAGAGAGGCGGAGUCCGCGUGGGACAUCGCAUCAUCGAGAUCAACUCGCAGAGCGUCGUGGCGGUUCCGCACGAGCGUAUCGUCAAUCUACUAGCGACCUCUGUUGGAGAGAUCCUAAUGAAAACAAUGCCCACAUCAAUGUUCCGGCUACUGACGGGACAGGAAAACCCCGUGUUCAUAUAACGCGCCACAAGUGCCUGCUUCGCCCCACGCCAUCACAUCUCACCGCUACAAAUAUGCCGCACCCCACUGCAAAGCUAGAUGACCUUUGCUCACCGUACCGACUCAGCUCGGCUGAAAUUAAAACAUCGGAUAUGAGCAUACUUGUAUGUAGUUUUGUAUUUCACAUAACCCAUAGCUGACAUUUCAAUGCUUUAAUUGGAGUCGUCAGCGUUGAGUCAAUAUGAUUUGCGAAGGUUAUAAAACACUACAUACACGUCCUGGCAUACCACCCGAACUUUAUUAUGAUAAUUUUAUUGUAUAAAGAACUUUUUUUUUUUAUCUGACAGUUCUUAGUGUCAGUGCUAGAACGCACUUGCGAGUAAGGAAAUAAAUAAAAGCGAACCCUACCGUUUAUUCCACAAGACGGAUUAUAAAACCGUUAUUAUAUUAUCGCGCAUUGAAUGUAUGGAUUUUUUGUAAGCUACACUUAAUAUUUACGUUAUUUGAAUAGUAGUGAAAAGCGGGUACGUUCAUAUACUUAACACAUACAGAGAGCUUUAAGAACCGGGAAGAAAAUGUCUUCUGUGGGAAACUGCCAUUAUUUAUUAAAUUUCGCAUGGAGAAUACGGAUCGUUAGAUGCAGUAUAUCUAAGGGAGGGGCGAUCUUAAAGCACGUAAGUACUCUGGGACCUUGCUGGCAAACACGUAUCCCUCAGGCCGCCUGUGUCUGUGGAUAUGUGCGUAUAAAAGUAAAGCUUAUGUUCUGUCAGUUUCGCCUAAGAUUUGUGUAUAAUUGAAUUAGCAUCACGGCAGAGGAAAAUGAUUUUUUGUAGCACGGACAACAAUUUCGUAUAAAAAUAAAAUGUAUUUUAAAAUCUUGUAAUCGGUACAAAAUAAAAUUUAAAAAUAGGACAAAAGCUACAAAUCAGCUUGCAUUUGAGUGUACUGUAGAUUUUUAAUCUAUGGUUACCAUAAAUAUGUUAUUACCUCUAGAGUGUAGACAUAUAUCAAUAAGAUUACAUACACUGAUUUUGUACCACUAUCCCGCAAUUAUCUUAUCUUAACAAAAUCGUACAUUAUUUUUAAUUUUCGUCUUUAAAUUUAUUAUCGUGCAAUUUCUUAAUUAUUUCUUCGGGGUAAUAACUCUAAUUGGUGCGUACUGACUUAAUGACUCAAACAAGCUCGAACCAAAUUUAUAUAAUUUAAAAAAAUGUGUGACAAAACUGUUACUUAAUUACAGAAAUAAGCGUUUAUUUUACUAUACGGUGAUAAUUGAAUCAUAAUCUCUCGAAACAUAAUGUGAUAAAAUCAUUUCACAAUAUUGGUUAAAAUAAAAUUUAACUUAUUUACUAGUAGUGAAAUACACAAUAUGAAGACACCUUCAUAUUGUGUAUGUCACUGGCGCAUCCAUACAAAACCUAUGACGAGUGUACAGUGGACGAUGUGUAUCAAGUUAUUUGUAUGGAGAUGGCCUCUUGAUGACUACCUGUCAAACAUGUAAUUAAAAACGGCAUAAAUGAAAAACUAAAGUGAGCCAUGUUAUAAAAUUUCAUGUUUUUAACGAAAUGACAUUAUAACACCGUUAUAAAGUGAAAAAACAAUGUUUUAUUAAUACACAGUCCAUCUCACUUUUUAUAACUAAUUUGGCGGUUUAUUAACAGGUUUCCUAUCUGUCAAUUUUUAUUUUAGUGCAACUGAUUUCUUUAACAAUUGUGGGAAAAUGGUACCUAAGGUCGAGGUCUAACAUUCAAAAAGAGCGCUGUGAGAGCGCUUUUGGCGUUCUGAUAUCUGUUUUUCAAUAUCUAUGUAAAAGUAAUUUGAUAACCACUAAUACAUUGAAAGUGCUAUUAAUAUUUUCGCGGAAAAGCAGAGACUUAAGUAAUAUUUCUACUCUACACUUUUGCCGCAUUUGUAAGUUGUUCGAAGAAAUUGACUGCUUUAAAGCUUUGAAAACGGCGUCAUAAAAGCCAUUUUACUAAAAAAAUGCAGUUCCAUUAAAACAACCUUAAUUAAGUUAUUGCAUUAUAUAAAGCCGAUUUAGCUUUUAAAGCAUAAACAUUCUGUAGCCUGUUCUGUAAAUGGAAACGAAACUUGUAUUGUUAAUUUAUAUCAGGCUAUUGGCGUUUUAUACAUAUGCUGACCUAAACCUUCCUGUAAGGUUAAAGUAUAAUUUGGGAGUGUGCUUAUUUGAUGCUCGGGUGAUUUCAUUAUUUAAACAAAAUUAAUAAUUCAUAGUUUGAUAAACAUAGCUGUUGAAAAAAUACUCAAGGCAAACUAUGUGAUGUCCGAGUUUCAUGCUUACAAUGCUUAAGUGGCUAAAAUAAGUAAUUUAGCUCUAAGUUAUCAUAUUAGUGCCAUAGAUUUUGCACUUGCCACAGAUGAUUUAAAGAAAAAUUUUGAGAAAAGAAUAGCCUUCAUUUUAAAUACUGAAAUGGGUAAACAAACAAUUGUUAAUUUCUAAUAAAAUCAUUUGUUAUAGUAAUUAAGUGUUAAGCUGGAAACCUUAAAAAAAAUAACGACCGAUAUUUUAGGUUGACUGUAAAAGGUACAUUUGCAAUCGUGCGAUUACAUUUUAUCUAAGUGUACAUGACGUUUACGAUUUUUGUAUAACACCUAAUAAUGUACAAAAACUUUACACAUUUUCGAAUUACUGAAAGCUAUUUUGUCCAUUACAAGAAAAGUCAAAGCAGUAUCGCAUAGUUUAUCGCUAAUACUAAAUUUAGAUUCACGGAAUAUAAUAUGCGUUGGAAUCAUUUCCGCAAGUAACGUGAUAUUGGCAUUCUUCUAUUUUUUUUUAACUGUCUUUGGCAAUUGCAAAAGUCUUUGACAACUCAGUGUGUAUACAUAGUUAUUCCACUUAAUAAUUUAUUGUAUACCUAUAUUUAUUGAGAGUUAAAAUCGCUCAUAUCUGCUUAGAUAUUAUUAUUAAAUAAGUUAUUAUCAUCAUACAUAAUAUUUGUACUAUAAAUUGUUGCGAUAAUAUCAAUACAAAAUGCAUGAGCCGUUGCCUUUCUGCCAUAGACAAUAAGUAUUUUUCUUGUUGUGUCUUAGAUUAUAUUUUUUUUAUUGCUUUACGGCGUUGGGUUUCAGCCCAUUUUAGACUUUAGAAUAUUAAUUUGUGUAUUAUGUUGCCAUAUUUUUUAUUGUUUACCUUUUUAUUAUAUUAUAUUUUACUCACAUCAUAAAAUCAUUCCACUGUUAGAUAUUGUUUACUGAUUGUUAAUAAAUAACUCUUUUAGAUUUUUUGGUAUAGUUAAUAAUUGGUUGUAUUUUUAUAUAUUUUUUAAAAUUAUAAACACCAAUAUUGCGAAUAAGUACAGAGUAAAAAAAUGUAUAGCUGAAUUAGUACGACUGAUGAGUCUUGAUCCGUAUAGCGGCAUGACAAGUAUCUUGAAUAUGCGAGAAGUAUUCUCAGUCGAGGUGUGAAUCUCGAUGUGAUCAAUAAAUAAAUGAAUUGAUUAGUGGAUAUAUUAAAUCAUUAUUUCGUGUAGCGUUUCAAAAGAUAUGUCAUAUUUUGUAAAUUUUAUAGUGUGGCUAUAGCAUAACUGUAUGUAUAACCUAUAUGUAUGUCUGGGGCCCUAUAGGUACUCUUUGUAUGAGAUCAGCGCACCCUCAAUCGUCGGGCGUUUCCGAGUAUCGAAACAUUAACGUUGAGAGUAAAAUGGACCUAAAGCAUCUUGUUUUAAAGGUCGUUCUCACUACAGCCAGCGGAAAGUUUCCUAAAUGAAAAUAAUAGUACAGAGAAUACAACUUUCAAACUAUGAGUAUUAGGUCCACUUUUGUGUUUCAAUACUCGAAAACGUUGAUUAAAUUACGAACGUGCUUGUCGCUUAGAGUACCUAUUUUCUAUGACAUUGAAAUCGUAAUAUGAAUGAAUUUUAACCGUAAUUUGUGACUUAAAUUAUUGCGACCUAUAAUUUCAUAAGGAUGUGUGUGCAAAUUUGAUGUCACAAAAUACAUUUUCAUAAUUACGACUUUAAUGUUAAAGAAUCAAGGCUCUAAUCUUAGCUAAGCUUAGCACUCUGAGGACGAGUUUUAUUUAUGUAUGAUAAUAAUAUAAAAACUAUUUUGACAACCUAAUGUAAGUGGACACCUUUUUAGUAUUCCUAUUCCGCUUUUCUAUAUCAUGUCCCAUGUUUUGAUGCUUUCAACUUAUGACUAUUACGUAGUGUUCUUCUUUAUAUGAUAUUCAUGGUAACCCUCUUUUGUUUAGUUUGCUAGACCAGUUUACUAGAUUCAAUUACUUCACGUCCCCAGUACAGAUAAGAUAAAGGGAUGAAUUCCCUCUUAUCUGACCCUUUAUUUUUAAUCAUAGUAGUAAAUAGCAGUUAUAUAUUUAAAAUUAAUUAAUAUGCGUACCUCAGGGGGUGUGGAAAUAAUCUGUGCCCAUUCUACACUAUUAUUAACAUAGGUUUUAUAUUUCGAAAAACGAUUUUUCAUGAACGGUCUAUAAAUACCUACCUACAUAUAUAAUCAUGAAACGCGAAAAUUGUGUAACGCCAAUAUACAUUUGGAACAUUCAACCAAGGCUCUGAUCCUUUGUGACAUUGAAAUUGCAUCAGACAUACAUUUAACUAGAGUUCGUGACGUCAAUCUUCAGUAUAGAGGUGUCAAAUUUGACGUCACAUGACGUGCGUAGUUAAGAUUUAAAAGCCAUACAAAAUCAGUGGACAGAAACCUCAACUAAUAAAAGAGCCGAGAUUAUGCUUGGAUUUAAUUUACUCUUAAAUGCUUCAUUGUAUUCUAUCUUUACCAAUUUCUGUGAACCUGUUAAGAUAUUAAAAAAAUAUAAUUUAAUUUUAACUAUUAGUAACUGGUCACGCCCCUUAAAUUUUUUGGGUUUAAAAUUAACAAAAAAUAUAUAAUAUAGAUUAUAAUACAGUCUGAUAUGUAAUUUUAUAUUGCUAGCUGUUGUGAAUAAGAUUUAUUUACAUUGGAAAAAAACCACAGAUAAUAAAUAGCAUUUUAUUGUGAAAGCUGAUAUGUAGGUACACUAUAACAAGUGAAAUAACUAUUGUUGUUCUCAUUUCUAAGAGUAUUAUUCUAGUCUGCAUUAAAGUUAAGAAUAAACUGAACAAAUUUA